UCUCUCUCUCUCUCUCUGCGUCCUUCACACACUCCUCAUGCGUAAAGACGAUCCGCCACAAAGUGUCCAAACAUUAUCCUUUUUUUGCGCUUUUUAUUUACGCACAAAAAUCCCCCGGAGUCUUGCGGAGAGAUCGAGUAUCUGAUCGGAAACUCAGCGCAUCCUCCUCUGCUAUCUGUGUGCUGUAAAGGAGCCAUCAGGAAACUGAAGAGGAGGAGACAACGUGUUGUGAAUACAGAUGAGAGCAACUAUUGACACCUUCAGCUCUCCAGUCUGGACUAAAAGCUUUAAAAGGACAUCACUGCAAAAGGAUCCAGCUUUUUAUAUAUCGGUCUAUCACUCCAGCUUGUGAGUCAUCCAGAUGUUUAGUUACUAGCUCGAUAUCUUUUUUUUGCUCCAUCCAGGAGGUGAAAACUGGCCAUCGGUUCUCCUCGGAAGCUCACACAGAAAAACCAAUAGACUCUGACAUGCUGUAAGUUUUUUUUUUUUUUUUUUUUUUUAUUAUCUGGACUGGACCUUAUAAUAUGGCUUCGCUGUAUCAGAGAUUCACCGGGAAGAUUAAUACAGCCAAUUCCUUCCCACACCCACCUGAAGCCAGUCACCUUCUGGGUGGACAGGAAAAGGUCGCAGACGAGGAAAACGCAGCCAAGACUCCUCAGCAGCUCGUCGACGGCAGACCUCACAUCCCAUACCACAAGAAAUGCUCCAGGGAGGAUGAGGAUGACCUGGUGGGCAGUGCACCGCCGCAGAGGAACUGGAAAGGAAUAGCCAUCGCCCUGCUGGUCAUCCUCAUCAUCUGUUCCCUGAUUGUCACCUCCGUCAUCCUGCUGACCCCUCGUGUAGAUGACAGCCUCGCCCUGAAGAAGAAAGUGACUAUAGAGGAUGUUUUCGGUCCAGACCUUCACAUCCAUGACCCAGACGCCAAAUGGCUCAGCGACAAUGAGCUGCUGUAUCGUACAAGGGAAGGGGACGUUGUCAAGCUUAAUGUUGACACAAGGGAGAACACUGUUAUUGUUCUGAACCAGUUGUUUGACAGAUCCAGGGCCGCCAGGUACCAAGUGUCUCCAGACAUGAAACAUGUGCUGUUCGCCUUUGAAGUGAAACCGAUCUACCAACACUCCUACCUGGCCAAGUACAUCAUUUACAGCCUUGUGACACAGGAAACUUGGCCUCUGAAGCCCCCUGAAGUGCAUGAAGCUGUCCUGCAGUUUGCUGGAUGGGGACCCCGAGGCGAGCAGCUGAUCUUCAUAUUUGAAAACAACAUCUACUACAGAUCAACAGUUGAUAGCAGAGCGAUCCGCCUGGUUUCCACUGGCAAAGAGGGAGUCGUCUUUAACGGCCUUGCCGACUGGCUGUAUGAGGAGGAGAUCCUGCAGACACACAUCGCCCACUGGUGGUCUCCAGAUGGGCUGCGUCUGGCCUACAUGACCAUCAAUGACACACUGGUGCCAAAGAUGGAAGUCCCCUUCUUCACAGGAACGCCGUAUCCCGCCACCUUGGAGUAUCACUACCCAAAGGCCGGGGAGGAAAACCCUGUAGUGCACCUGUCAGUGGUGAGCCUCAACGGUCCCCUGCACACCGUGGUGAUGAAGAAACCUGAUGACCCCCGAAUAGGGAGAGAAUAUUACAUCACUAUGGUGAAAUGGGCCACCAGCACCAAACUGGCUAUCAACUGGCUGAACAGAGGCCAGAACAACUCUAUCCUGACACUGUGUGAGGCUACAACUGGAGUCUGCAUUAAGAAACAUGAGGAUGAGAGUGAGAGCUGGUUGCACAGACAGAAUGAAGCGCCGCUCUUUUCCCACGACGGACACAAGUUCUUCUUCACCAGAGCUAUCCCUCAGGGUGGGAGAGGAAAGUUUUUCCACAUCUCUAUGUCCACCUCCUUGCCUAACACUAGCACAGACAUACUUCAGUCCCUGACCUCUGGAGACUGGGACGUCACCAGCAUCUUGGCCUACAAUCAUGAAAGAAACCUCAUAUACUUUCUGAGCACAGAGGACGACCCCAAACGACGGCACUUGUACAGUGCCGACACAAUCCCUCCGUUCAACCGCUGCUGCCUGUCUUGUGAGUUCAAGUGCGGCUACGUGGACGUUUCAUUCAGCCACAACAUGCAGUACUUCUUACUCAACUGUAAAGGUCCGGAUAUACCGAGUGUGGCUAUCUAUAGCACCGAGAACAAACAGAAGGUGUUUGACGUGGAGACAAACGAAAGAGUAAACUACACGUACAACAACAUGCAGAUGCCCAGUGUGGAGUACGAGACCAUCACUAUAGACGACUACACUCUGACAAUGCAGAUUCUGAAGCCAGCUGGAUUCAUACUUACAGCCCAUUACCCCCUACUGCUGCUAGUAGACGGUACGCCCGGCGGGCAGAUGGUGUCGGAACAAUUCUGGGUGGACUGGGCCACAGUUCUGGUCAGCAGCUACAGCACCAUCGUCAUCCGCUUUGACGGCCACGGCAGCGGCUUCCAGGGCACCAACCUUCUCCACAAAGUCAAGAGGAACCUGGGAAAACUGGAGGACCAGCUGGAGGCACUCAAGUUCAUAUCCAAAGAGCCUUAUAUUGAUCAGAGUCGAAUGGGAGUUUAUGGAAAGGCCUACGGAGGAUAUUUAGCCACGUUGCUUCUGAGCUCUGAGGAGUUAAUUCACCCACUUAAAUGUGGAACAGCAGUCUCCCCCAUCACAGAUUUCGAGCUAUAUGCAUCUGCAUUUUCAGAACGAUACCUCGGCUCAAAGACAGAUUCCACAGUAUAUACGAAGGCUAAUUUAGCACACAGAGCGGGUCCGCUUCUGCAGAAGCAGUACUUGAUAAUUCACCCAACUGCUGACGAAAAGGUUCACUUCCAGCACACGGCCAAAUUUAUCAAUCAUUUAAUCAACGAGAAGGCCAAUUACACUCUACAGAUAUACCCAGAUGAGGGACACUUCCUCCACAGUGACGGGACACGGCAGCACCUGAGCCAAUCCCUAGUCAACUUCUUCGAGGUGUGUUUCCGGGCGCCGGAGAUACUGACGGUGGACCAGCAGGAAGAGGACGAGGAUGACAAUUAAGCCUGCUCCUCCGAGCAGCCCCCGGCCAGCUAUUACAGCACAAUAUGCAACAGAUCUUUCUAAACCAGUCAACCCACACCACCUGCUGUCCAAUCAGAUUUUAGCUCUACUCUGAUGCGCAGCACCUGCAUGUGCAAAAUCGGCCUCGGCCUGCAACCCCUCUCCUCACCUCAUGCUGGCUGCUGGUCAGAAAGACAAAAUAAAUCUCAGCUGUGAACAGUCAGUUCUCUCACUGCUAUUGGAAUAUAUGAACUAGUACUCCCUCUGGUGGACAAAUAGAGGAUCAACAUAACGUCCUUUGAGCAAUGCGUCUCCAUUCCACACCAGGUUCAUUAAUCGGGCGCUUUGCAGCACAAAAUAACCCCCGUGAAGAUCGGUUCAUUAUGUUAAGAUUUAACUUUUGACAGUUUCUGAUAACCUUGCCAACCAACUUACUGAUUAUUGUGUUCAUGAGUAUGAUUACUGCUACUUGUUUCUCAGAAUUUCUCUGUUCAGUGUUUUGUCUUUGAGUGAAUGUCUGGCUGCAUCAGUCUGUAGUUGCUUUACAAAACAAGGGCACAAUGUUUAACUUGUGUUGUACUCCAAAAAACAAAGUGUCUAUCCUGAAAUGGUUUGAAAUCACAUUUUCCCACGUCAUAUUUCUGAAUUGAACUCUUGUUCUUUUAGUCACUGUGCCUUACUGUGGGUGGUUUGUUCAUGUUGGGAGCCCACAUGACACUGAAAGUGAGUAAAUAUGGAUAGGCCUUGUCUGAAUUGUGGACUCAGAACCAGAUGAUUUAAUUUUCCUCAAAUAAUAGCCAGUUAUUAGUGAGGGAGGUUUAAAUCCCAAGGUAUGGCACAUUUUAUCUCAAAACAUGGAAAGAACUGAAUACAAAUUAAUUGUAUGUCUGCUUGAAAGAUGGUAUUAUACUGACAAAAAUGUAAAGUUCUUGAUAUUUACCUUCAAAACUGGCAUACUGAUGAGUCAACUAUGCUGAAUUUUCAUUAUUUUGUGAAUUACUUUGACUUGUGUGUUAAAUGGCUUGACUAUCUCCCCAUGUCACUUUCGUUAGUAUUGUUAGUGGUUUCUAGUCAGCUGAUGUACAAAGUGUAUAAAUCUUAUAUUGUUUAAGUCUUUAUGUUGAAUGUGCAACUUGUAUAUAAAGCAUUUUGAAAUGUA